AUGGAUCGCCUGGCUCACGCCUAUCUGCUGACGGGCGUGCGCGGGGUGGGCAAGACCUCGACCGCGCGGAUCAUCGCGCGCGCGCUCAAUUGCAUCGGCGAGGACGGAACCGGCGGCCCGACGCCCGACCCCUGCGGUACGUGCGACCACUGCGUCUCGAUCGCCGAGGACCGCCACGUCGACGUCAUCGAGAUGGACGCGGCCUCGCGCACCGGCAUCGACGACGUGCGCGAGCUGAUCGAGAGCGUGCGCUAUCGCCCCGUCUCGGCGCGCUACAAGGUCUACAUCAUCGACGAAGUGCACAUGCUCUCGAAGCAGGCCUUCAACGCGCUGCUCAAGACGCUGGAGGAGCCGCCGCCCCACGUCAAAUUCGUGUUCGCGACGACCGAGGUGCGGCGCCUGCCGGUGACGGUGCUCUCGCGCUGCCAGCGUUUCGACCUGCGCCGGGUCGAUAUGGAGGUGCUGAUCGAGCAUUUCUCGCGGAUCGCGGCCGACGAGGGUGCCGAGGUGGAGCCCGCGGCGCUCGCGCUCAUCGCCCGCGCCGCCGACGGCUCGGUGCGGGACGGGCUCUCCGUGCUCGACCAGGCGAUGGUCCACGAGGGCACGCGCAUCACCGAAGAGGCGGUGCGGGCCAUGCUGGGGCUCGCGGACCGGACCCGGCUCUUCGACCUCUUCGACAUGCUGAUGAAGGGCGCGAUCAAGGACGCGCUGGACUGCUUCUCAGAGCUCCACGAUGCGGGCGCGGAGCCCCAGGCGUUUGCUGCAGGACCUGCUGGAGCUCUGCCACUGGCUGACCCGGCUGAAGCAUGUGCCCGCCGCAGCGGACGACCCAGCGGUGCCCGAGGUGGAACGCACGCGCGGGCGCGCCAUGGCCGAGGCGUUGACGGUGCCGUCGCUUACCCAGACGUGGCAGAUGCUGCUGAAAGGUCUUGA